AUGUCUUUCACAUAUUGUAACAUCAGGCUAGCAGGAUACAUAGGAAUGGGAUCACCAAUCAUGCACUGCAUGGUCUUCAUCGCACGCUACAUCGACCUGUUCGCCCUCCCAAGAACGAACAUAUACAACACGUCUAUGAAGCUGUACCUCCUCUCCGGUUCCCUGAUCACUCUCUUCACCCUCCUCCGGCGGCACGGCCCGUUCUCCAAGCAGCAGCAGCAGACCACCCUCUGGCACGUCCUCCUCACCGCCGCCCCCUGCUUACUGCUCGCGUGCCUUGCGCACUAUGGCGGGAGCUUCAAGUGGAUGGAGAUCGCAUGGGCGUUCUCCAUGUACCUCGCCGCGUUCGCGGACAUACCGCAAUUGGUCGAGUAUGACAGGAUGGAGACGAAGGACCGCCUGCUGACGGCGUACCUCGUGCUGUGCUUCUAUUUCCGUGCGCUGUACAUCCCGCAUUGGGUCCUCCGGUACUUCGACGAAGGCCGCGUCGAUCCCAUCGCCACCGUCUCGGGCGUAACUCAAACAACGAUCUAUAUCUUCUACGGCCUCCUCAUCGUUCUCCAUCACUCUCGUCGCCAAGCCACCCGAGCCGCCCUCGACGCGGAAGUGCAGGUCGAUGACGUUAGCUCGCCGGGUAAGGUGCCCAUCGAGGAGAAGGUUGCCAUCCCUGUCGAGACUGCGCCGGCGACGGCUGUGUAAAGUUGUCCCUGCGCCG